AUGAUAAGGCCGUCCGCGGCAGUUGUUCGACUCCAGCGGCGACAGCGGUAUAUCGUUAUCUUGUUUAUCAUCGCAUUUAUCAGUUUAUACUGUUUGGUACACUCAGCAAAAAUAAACUCUGAAAUACCAGCGCCGGUUGCGCCCGAGAGCGUCGUAGAAGCUGGAGAAGGAGCGUUUGUUACUAUCAUGUAUGACUUUGGCGAGGACAGCGAGGCAUUAUUGCUGGCUACACGAGUCUUGAUGCGAAGUAUCAAAGAUUCUAACACUAUAUACCGAAGGAUGGUGGUUGUACCGCAAGAUGGUCUGCAAGAGAGUAGCGAGCAAGUUCUUAAGGGGGACGACUCGGACUUGGAGAUCGUGCACGCAAACAUUCCAAACGUAUUCGCUCACAUGCCGCUGACUGAUCAUCGUACGCAACUUCUGCACAUGCGCAAUAAACUUGUAAUUUGGGACAACCCAGAGAUCUCAUCACUCAAGCGUGUGGUCUACCUAGACCCAGAGAACCUAGUGUUGCGAAAUUUGGACGAAAUCUUUGCUUGCCAUCAGUUCUGCGCCGUAGAUAAUGGUCAAUCAGUCGUAUAUUCAAAUGGUCUUCUUGUCAUCUCCCCCGAUAGUAUUGCAGCAAGAAACUUAUACUCGGAUGCCAUUGACAGUUUUAUGAUCACUGGCCGCGAGUACAAUUACGUUGGCAUCAUUCAGGGCUUCAUGCCCGGCCUUUUUGAGGCUUUUGAAGAGAGCCCAUUGUUUUUUUUAGGAUGGGAUGGAGAUGACAACGGAGAGGAAAACAAUGGUGCAGAUAAUGGCGAUGCAACAGAAGAUGUUGAUACGUCAGUCGUCCACCGCCUGCCAUUCUAUUACAGCAUUAACCACAUGGUCUUUUACGAACGCAUGAACUGGGAUUUGUAUAAAUGUAAAGACAAAAAUUUGGCCACAGGAAAGAUCCCCGGUCCUUUGUUGAGCUAUAAGUACAGUGGAGGUACAGUAAAGCCGUGGUUUUGGCUGCCGUACGUAUACUUUCAGGUGUUCUGGCAUUGGCAGGAGGUGCGGGAACGGCUUGAAGAGGACCAUGUCGGUUUCUUCUUGGGCAAAUUAAUGUCUUUCUUUGUCAUCUUCGUCUUUAUCUGGUUCGCGUACAUUUCUCUUUGUCUCAAACUUUUUACCGAGUCAAAUGGACGACCGCGCCGCUUGUCAAGCUGGAGGCUUCCAACUUCUGGCAAUGGACAAUCGCUUUCCAUUGACGUUUUUAAUUCGCGUGUGGUGCGUCGAGCUUGUCAAUUUUCGUGCAGUGCACUAUAUGCCAUUGCAUCGAUGCCGCUGUUGUCAAGUGUAUGCAUUGUCAUCCUGAUCAUGUACUGUAGCAUUCACAUGAUUCCGGUUACGAUGCAACCUUCUUAUGCAGGAAGAUUGUGGUUGAUUGUGCACGAUUUAUGGUUAACGACGCUGCUACUGAUAUUUGCGGUUGCACAUACAUUACGUACCGCACAAUGGAAAAAAGACGACGUGCCUGCGACCUCCGAAAUGUUACUCAGUGGUAUUUGGUGGUGCAUCAAGAAGCUGCCAUUGCUGGUGCUCGCGCAGCUUCAAUUUUUGUACAUAAUUGGUCGCACUGAUUGGUUUCAAAAUCCGGUGUUGCGGCCUGUGAUGACUUGUUUCUUCUUCGCUGUUGCUCUUUUCGUGGAAGGUCGGAUUCUCAUUGUCGAAAUGCGCCGGCUUACACGGAACUAA